AUGGCAUCUGUAAUUGUAGAAAUUGUCGGCGGAAAAAUUUGUGAGAUGGCCAUUGAGACGGCCGUCCACAAAGUAGCUGAAGAAGCAAAGCUGGUGCUGAAUUUCAGAAAAGACUUGCUAUGGUUAAACAAGAAACUGACAUUUAUUAGGGGUUUUCUGCAAGAUGCUGAUCAACAGUCUCGACAUAAGGAGGCAGUGAAAAAAUGGUUGGAGAGCAUUCGUGAUAUUGUCAUGGGCGCAGAGGACAUCUUUGAGGAAUGUGCUGUUGAACCUCAAGGACCGCAUAUUUCGGUCACUGGAUUUUUCGAUGCUGAGUCAAGGAGAACAUAUUUCAGUUGGUGGAUUUUUCGCUACAGGAUGGGGCGGAAAAUCAAAGAUGUCAAGGAGCGCAUCAGAUCUAAUAUCGAAGAUGGCAAGCAGCUGAACCUAUAUCGUCAAGUUUUGUCUGCAGAUGAAGCAUUACCCAGUACAUCUCAAAUUGCAGCUGUAGACUUGAAGAGAUCUUAUCUUCUGCCCAGCGAUUCACAUCCAGUGGGAAUAGAGUCCAAGGUUGAUGACAUACUCAACUUGUUGAACAACCCAGCCUUUCCAGUUAUUGCUGUGGUUGGGAUGGGUGGGAUGGGCAAGACCUAUCUUCUUCAAAAUGUUUACAACAAGGCAAAAGAAAGGUACGAGAAAUGCAUAUGGCUUUCAGUUUCUCAGUCCUAUUCUAUUUCUAUGUUACAGAAAGAUUUAGUCUUUCAGUUAGAUAGAGAUUUAAGUGAGCAGAUUAAAAAUAGUGGAAUAAGUGAUCAGGCAUUAGCUCAGUUGAUUCGUGAAAAGUUGCAAGAGAGAAGGUCAUGUCUUGUUGUGUUAGAUGAUGUGUGGAGGGCUGUUAGAGAAGAAGACUUCUUUACUAAACUUGGCCUCCCAAGUGGAAACGUUAAUAGCCAAUGUAAAAUUGUGGUUACCACACGAAGCAAGGUGGUUUCUACAAAUUUGAAUGCUCAUAUGUAUGAGAUGAAACUUAUGUCAGAUGAAGAGAGUUGGAGGCUUUUUUGUGUUUAUGCAUUUGGAGGAUUCGAGGAAAAUAUAGAGCCGCAGCAGCAGCUGCUAAAAGAGGUGGGUCGUAAGAUUGUGAAGCAAUGUGGAAAUUUGCCUCUGGCUGUGAAAACAAUAGCAGCAUCUCUAGCCAACAAAAUUCUCGACAAAUGGGAGUUGAAGCUCCGUCAGCUGGAACAGGUAAUUAUUUCUGUUGGUGACAAUGAUGACAAUAUCAUGGGUAUUCUGAAAUUGAGUUAUGACUCUUUGCCCGCACGCCUUAAAGCCUGCUUUGCAUAUCUUUCCUUGUUUCCUGAGGAUGAGCAGAUAGAUCCUGAGUAUCUGGUAAAUCUUUGGAUUGGAGAAGGGUUUAUCCCUGCAGGAGAGAACCAAUUGGAUGUGGCAUGGGAUUCUUUACAUCAACUUGUCAAUCUGUGUCUACUUGAGAUGUCUGAAGAUUCAGAUCUAAAUUUUCUGUAUUCUCAUUAUGACCUAACCAAACAUUGCAAAAUUCAUGAUUUGCUGUUAGAUUUGGCCAUCCACAUAUCGAAAGAAAAUAAAUGUGCUCUUUCUGUUGAGGAAGCCUCUACAAAUACAAGUGAUGGUGAUGGCACUGCCUGGUGUCGGGUUUUACUGGCCAAGAAAGAUGUAGAUGACAAUGCCAUCUCAGAGACCCAUCCUCUUUGUCUCCGCACAUUCUCACUCUCUCAAAAUAUGGAGAUUACAAGCAUUCCAGAAAAGUUGUUUAUGGCUAUGAGAGGACUGCGCGUUCUAGAUUUGAGCUUCACAAACAUCUCUACAUUGCCUGCGUCCGUUGGAAAGAUGAAACUUCUUAAAGUCUUGAACUUCAGACAAACACCGAUUGAGGAGGUUCCAAAGUGCGUGAGACAUCUGAAAAGCCUCUUGUUUUUGGCUUUAAAUGAUUCCUGCACUACAUUACCAGCAUGGAUAAGUGAACUUAGAUAUCUUCAGCAUUUAGAAUGCGAGCGGGUUAGGCGCAUCCCGAAGGGAAUAUCAAAGCUGGGCUCUCUGAGAACACUGCGAACAUGGCCGUUGCAGCUGUCCAACUCCAUACAAGAAGGGGAAGAAUUGAUGAGGUUAGAGGAUUUGGGCAAUAUGACUAAGCUUCAGGAACUAUGGUUAGUUAUUCAGAAUGAGAUGGAAUUGAAGACGAUGGGGAUCCUUGCGAACCUGGUGAAGAUGCGUCGUCUGGUAGUCGAAAGUAGAAUAUUGGAAGUUGGGUCAGAAAUCGAUCUACCGCAUAUUCCGGAGAAUAUGAGAGCAAUGAAACAUCUGGAAAGUCUUCGACUAGAAAAGUUUGCAGUGCCAAGUUGGACAUGUGAUUUGGCAAAUUUGAGGGAAUUGCAAUUACUAGAGUGUGAAUGUAGUGAUUAUCCGGAGUUACAAAGACUGCCCAAUCUAGUGUUGUUGUUCUUGUGGAGGAAUGGGAGGUGCAGAGAAUUGCCAAAGGCGUUUGGAAAGUCAGGGGGGUUUCCACGCCUCCGCUUCUUCAAAAUUCAAUAUUUCGAUGAAUUAGAGGAGUUCCCAGAAUUGGAGGAGGGAGCCAUGGCAUGCCUCGAGAAGUUGGUGAUUGCCCGCUGUUAUAAAGUCGAACGAAGUCGGAUUGAAGUGCAAAUCAAAGCCCACAAUCCUUAUAUUAACAUCCAUUUUGUGUAA